GCAGACAGUUAGGAGACAGUGAACUCUGUGACUGUACAAGAACCACAGUGUGUUUGAUCUUUAAACUCUCAACAUGGUUGAUGCAUUUUGUGCAACUUGGAUACUGGUUGACAGCCAGAACCUUGAUGAAUACAUGAAAGCACUGGGUAUUGAUUCUGCCAUUAGGCAAUUGGGCAGUGUUGCCAAACCUUCAAUUGUCAUCAGUCAUGAGGGUGACAAAGUUGUCUUGAAGAUGCUGGGCUCCGUCAUAAGAACUGAGAUUUCUUUCAAACUGGGAGAGGAGUUUGAUGAAAUCACUGCAGAUGGCAGACAAGCAAAGUCCAUUGUAACUUUGGAAGGAGAAAGUCUUGUUCACAUUCAGAGGUGGGACGACAAGGAGACAAAGAUUGUUAGAGAAAUCAGGGAUGGUAAAAUGAUUAAUACCUUGACCUUUGAGGGCGUUCAGGCUGUCCGCACAUAUGAAAAGGAAUAAUGUCAAACUGAUGAUGUUUCACUGUUACUUUGGCAUUGUGACUGUGAUUUAUCUGAAUGAUGCAGAAUGUCUCUGAGGCCUGUCUUCUUCAAUUGCUUCAUUAUCAUUAGAUUGAUACUGAAGUUUCCAUAAUCCUAAUUUUUCUAAUUCAAUCAAGACCUUAAAGCAUUAUAUCUAUGCUACACACACACUAAUAUAUCUAUAUCUAUCUAUCUAUCUAUCUAUCUAUCUAUAUA